AAACUAACAAUAAAAACAAAAGAACUAAGAGAAAAUCAGACUCAGUCUCUCCUCUGAUUAUCUUCUCAUCGACGCCGAUGGAUUCACUUAGUACCCAAAAGGCUAAACCAAGAAAGAUGAAGAAGGCUGUUGUGAAGAAGUCUCGGGUUCAAAUACUCUUAGAUUUGUUUUACCGGGUGAUCCAAAUAACUGUAGUUAUGGUUACAGUAGCCAAGCUCUGUUACCAACUAGUCAUCAUGUUUGAGGACUCUGGUCUCACACGUUUUCUCAUCAACCGUCAUCUUGCUUUCGUCUUGGGGAACGCCAUCGUCAUCACUAUCGUCGCCAAGUGCGGUCUCUUCGUGAAUCAAGAACCAGAUGCACGGAGAAACAGCAACGAUCUUUACGACGAGUUUGUCCGAGAGAACUCAAGACGAGAACGGAGGAGUUCUCAUACAGAUGUGAUAUGCAGAGAAAAACAGAGCACUGAAGAUGAUGGAGAGAAACAGAAGAAGACUGAGAACAGUGCAAGACAGAGCUCCGACGAGGAGAAAAGCAAGAAGGACGUAACUGUGAAGAGACAGAGACAAAUCAUUACCCAAAAACAGGAAAGUCCAAAGAAGAGUUACGAAAGGAGUCGGUCAGAGAAGCUCGAGGGCUCCUCCAAGAAGAGUUCUUGUGGAAGGUUGACGAGAUCGGAGACAGCGAGGCCUUCUGAUGAUUCUGAUGAUGAACUCCGGUACAAGAUCGAGUCUUUCAUUGCGAGACAGAGGAGGAACCAAAAGGAUGAAGAGUUUUGUAUUGUUUAGAUGUAUAGAGUGUUAUUAAAAGCAAGGGGGAUAAAAGAAGAAAAACUUUAGUUUAUGCAAUAACAUUCACAUAUAUUUGUGUGUUUGUAAAUAUACGGGUGGUAAUAUUUCAAAAACCCGAGCAUAAAAUGUUGUUUAGCUUUUCUUUUUAUUUUCUUUGUAUAAUUUUGCUCAGUAAUAUAAAGAGAUGUAGAUUUUCUGUAAGUUUGACGUUAGAAUAACUAAUUUUGUUGUAGAC